AUGGCGUCACAGCUUCUUCCUUUAGAAUUGAUCGAUAAGUGCGUGGGGUCUAGGAUAUGGGUUAUCAUGAAAAAUGAUAAAGAAUUCUCCGGCACCUUGCUUGGGUUCGAUGACUAUGUCAACAUGGUUUUAGAAGAUGUGACUGAAUUUGACUACACUGGAACUCAGAUUAAACUUCAGAAGAUAUUACUCAACGGAAAUAAUGUCUGCAUGUUGAUUCCGGGUGGUGAAGGGCCAGUUGUUAGUGCAUAA